CGUAGUCUACUCUUUAGUCUGAUCCAAGCACACAACCGCACGUUCGAAGACGAACACAUUGCUUAUUUUUUCAUUUACUCUGGCAUGGCGAGUGACUGCAGUCUUCUGUCUAAUGGGCCGGAAACUUGUGCUCGCGACCGACAUUCCCUCCAACCUAUUGAGCUCAUAGUAUCUAGAGACUGAUUGAUCUACUUUACUAUUGCGUACUAUGUGUGCUAUGUGCCUUUCCUUCGCGGCGUUGCUCACAUUAUUCACUGCAGGUUUUGGCGAACUUGAUUGUGACGGUCUUCGCACUUAUAAACUUGUCUAUCAGUCGGUUGCCAUAUUUUUAUCACCUCUGUUCAGGGAUCAACACUCGCACUCCAAGAGCAACGUCAGCUGGAAUGCUUACAUUUCUUUUCCCACCGCACUGGCACCAUCUGGCUGGCGCUGUUAUCGGUACAAGCGAGAGGACGUGCACGACAUGGAGGUUCGAUUAGGAGCAUCUGCAGAGUUUGUUGAGGGGUAGCUACGUAGAAGGAUCUACCAUAUAAAUUUUGUUGUAUACCCUAUCCAGACUCAAUCUAGUCCCGAUUUAUACCCUGUCCAUACUGGAGGACAUAUAGAUUUAAUCCCUAGGGUACAGUUAGGGUCUGAGUAUUGGUUUCUGCAGUACUAGAUCCAAG